AUGAGUUUCCAGUGGAUCACUGUUUGAAUUUACGUUUAGUUGCGCGGUUUGUAUCGGUUGCACGUUGUGUCAGGCAAUGAAUGAUCAAUUGGUUUUUCGAGGCACUUUAGCUGGCCACAGAGGAUGGGUCACGCAGAUCGCCACAACACCUUCACAGCCAGAUUUACUUGUAUCUGCUUCCCGAGAUAAAACUCUUAUUGUAUGGGACCUCAGGCGUGAAUCUGGGGAAUACGGUGUACCUGUCAGGUCACUACAUGGCCACAACCACUUCGUGAGUGAUGUGGUUAUGUCAUCAGAUGGGUUGUAUGCCCUUGCUGGUUCAUGGGACCGUACUUUGCGACUGUAUGAUCUGGAGACUGGCAAAACGACCCGCCGUUUUUGUGGACACGAAGGAGAUGUCCUGAGUGUCGCUUUCAGUGCGGAUAACAGACAGAUAGUUAGUGGUUCCAGAGACAAAACUGCAAGAUUGUGGAAUACACUGGGUCAGUGUAAGUACGUAUUCAACGAUGGUGGUCAUACUGAUUGGGUUUCAUGCGUGAGGUUCUCACCAAAUACAGAUAACCCCAUUGUGGUUACAUGUGGGUGGGAUAAGCAAGUCAAGGUCUGGGGUUUAAGCAACUGCAGUUUACGUACAACUCACUAUGGACAUACAGGAUAUCUUAACACAGUUACGGUCUCACCAGACGGUUCACUUUGUGGCAGUGGAGGCAAGGAUGGACAAGCUAUGUUAUGGGAUUUGACAUCAAAUAAGUUCUUAUACACGCUGGCUAGUGGUGGAAUUAUUAAUGCGUUGUGCUUCUCUCCUAACCGUUAUUGGCUUUGCGCUGCGGUUGGACCCAGCAUCAAGAUAUGGGAUUUAGAAAACAAAGUCUUGGCCGAUGAUCUACGUCCUGAAUCGAUUUCUGCCAAUGCAUCUGGGAAACAGUUACAACCUGAUUGCACAUGCUUAGCUUGGUCAGCUGAUGGUCAAACAUUAUUUGCUGGAUUCACAGACAACCUUAUUCGUGUAUGGCAGAUGAGUCAAAUAGGUUGUUAAGUAAAAUAUACUGAUUGGAUUUAAUGUGUUUUCGUUCCUUAACACGCAGUCACCUAACAGUCAUGUUAGCAGUGUUUUUUAUAUGAACAUAUUUCAGUUUCUAACUAGUCCGCUUGUGAAUAAUACAUUUCUGAGGGUCA